AUGAAUUCAAUAACUCACCAUUCUCACACUCCCCAGCCUCUCAAAAUGGCCCGUUUUAAUCGGCGGGAACAGCUCCCACUCCAUAUCAAGCGCGCUAUUUGCGCGCACCACGUCGAAAACCCCCGCCUGCGUCAUGUUGACCUGGCGAGGUGGUGUUACUCUCAGUACGGCUUGCGCCCUGAUCGCUCCACUGUCGGGCGCAUUUUGAAGAGCGCGGAGCGAUGGGCUGUCACGGCAACCGGCGACAACCAAGUGCGCCGUAGAGGUGGCGCAUGGCCUGAGCUGGAGCAGGCCAUGGCGCGGUGGAUUGCAAACGCGGGGCCCGCCGGCGUGCCGCUUACCGUGCAGACCAUCCGCGACCAUGUCGCGACCAUGGCGCGGAACAUGGGCAUUCCGCCCACAUUCCGCUGCUCCAUCGGCUGGGUGCGCCGUGCUUUGCGGCGCCAGGGGGUGAGGUGCCGUGCAGCACAAGGCGAGGCGGCUAGCGCGGACAUGGCCGCCGUGCGCGACGCCCGGGAGAAGCUUCCGCAACUCCUCACUCAUCUCGGCGUCACCCCGCGGGACACAUUCAACCUGGACGAGACCGCGCUAUGGCUCUCCGUGCUCCCUAGGCGCACGUACAGCAACGGCCGCAUACCAGGCCGCAAAGUUUCCAAGGACCGCCUGACCGUCGCAUUCCUCGUGAAUGCGGACGGAAGCCACGUUUUCCGCCCGCUUGUGAUCAGUAAGGCGAAGCGGCCCCACGACUUCCGCCCGGACUAUGACCCCGAAGCCCUCUGCUACUGGCGGCAUAACGCGAAAGGUUGGAUGACGUCGCCGUUAUUCACUCAUUUCAUAUCGCAGCUCAAUGCUGCGAUGUACGCCGAAGGCCGCAAGAUCGUAGUGUUGCUCGACAACGCUAGCAGCCACAUGCUCAGGAGCCAGCACGCAUGGAGCGAGAUCGUCUGCGGCAUGCGGACUACGUGCAUGAGCAACGUGCGGCUCGUAUUCCUGCCGCCCAACACCACCGCAUUCACACAGCCGCUCGACCAGGGCAUCAUCGCCACCGCCAAGGCCCGCUACCGCCAGCACUGGUUGCGGGCCUUUUCGGGUUUGUGGAACGCCGACGACGCGACAAGCGCCGUCGCGCGGUACCGCCCGAACCUGCGCGACGUCCUGGGGUGGUUGUCGGACGCGUGGACAUCCGUCGGUGCGCGCACCAUCCAGCGGUGCUGGUGGCGCACGGGGUGUCUUCCGCUCUCGUGGUCCUUGGAGUUGCCACACGUUCACGACGACGAACCUAUCCCUCACUUCUAUCCCGACAUUGAGCUCGACGCUGACAUCGACGAUGUCGGCACGCUCAUCAGUGGGCUCGGCCUCGGGAACGAGCCGGAGGCGGGCCUGGUGGUGGAGCUCUGGGAGGCGCCGACGACCAUGCAGGCCGUCUACGACGACGCUGACCCCGUUGGCCGCGAAGCCCGGCGCACUGCUCGGGCGGCAUGCGAGAUGCUCAUCGGAUAUGCUCGGGCCACCCGCAUCACGCCGCGCGAUCUCUGCCAUCUAUUUGAUAUCCGCAACCCCAUCAUUAUCGCGCGGAUGGAGCGGGUGAGCCCGUCAUUCAACCUCAACUUGGCCCCUCAGCCCGUCCCCACCCGCGACGCAACUCCCACGCCCGAGACCCCUCGUCUGCGCGGCCGUGUGCUGCCUGGCUGGAUGACCCAGCCGUCCCGCCGUCAGCAGCUGCUUGACGCCGGUGUGGGCGCCGUGAUGGACGGCUAUGUGGAUGCGGCUGAGUGGAUGCGUCUGUGA